ACUGGAGCAGUAUCUGCGGAAUGUGGCAGUCACAUGCGGCAUCAAAUUAAUAUCCCUUCACUUGACGAUGCGGAUGGUCCAUCAUCAUCAGAACGUUAUUCUUUUAAGAGGAGCGCUGAGAUUCUACCCGAUCCCGAAGGACCAUGCUCUUUGGAGCAGAAUAUCAGUGACGCGGCUAUGAAAACGCAGUCUGACGAAUAUCGAGAUUUUUCGCGUGUUGAGAUCCCUCCCUCAUCUGCCUGGAGCGGUUGGGGAAGAUUAGCCAAAGCCUCUUCCUACAUCAAAUCCAAUGGUGUAUCUGCCUUUGGAGCUAUCACGUACUAUGACCAGCUGAGAGAGGCAGAUAAUUAUGAUGUUAUCUCGGGCAAGUUAGUGGCAGAAUGGUAUACUGUGGGUGCAUCCCUUCUGGGAAUGGCUGCCCUUGUCGUUACAAUCUUUGGCUUCACUCCCGAUGGCGUGUUCGAUCUGCAUGAAUGCGUUGUGCAAUUUGUGGCCGUAUGCAGUGUUGCCACUGGAGUCGGCCUUGCGGUGGACGUUAUGCUAUUGUUGAAGUUCAGUAGCGCUAGCGGUUCCAGAUUCAAAAUUCUCGCGACGGGCGUGUACUCCUCCCUAGUUUUUUUUGCGAUCACUUCCCGAGUCCCUCUCUUAAUGCUCGCUGUGUCGGUGUGCUCGAUGGCAUUAUUUCUGAUCAGUAUGUCUUGGUCCAUAUGCUGGCAGACCGCCCUAUGCAUCUCAACACUAGCAGCCACGCUUCUUCUUGUUCAGUACAUCAUUUUCAGUGUCCGUUUUGUGAUUGGAAGCAUCGCGCACUUCCAGAGACAGACGAUUAGAUUGGUUCACAGGUUGACACAAAAGUUAUGCGACCGUUAUUUUGGGAAAUGUUUUGCAGAGAGUGGUGGCGGUAGUAUCUACCGAGCUUGAAUAUCACUUGUAUGAUAUAGCUUCGUGCGUUGUAGUAGCACUACUUCCCUUUCCAGAAAAAUGUACAGUGUGUUUGACAC